AUGGUGCCCGCAUCAGUGCCCAAAUUUCCUGAAGGUGUUGGGUCGAUCCGUGUGCUGUCCAGCGCAGACAAUGCCGCCAAGUACUGGAGCGAUUUAGAAGGCAUCAAGACGACGAGCAAGAGCUUGCAGCUCAAACCACAUGAAGAGCUCGACAAGGAAGGGCACGUUGCUAUUCACGGGUCCAUCCAGGAAUGGCCUUGGCACUAUGUCUCUGAGGCUGUGUUCCGCUGGUUGAACGCUCUCGACUUGUGUCGCUCCAAAAGUUUGCUUCGAGUGAUCUGGAGUGUCGCUUGGGGUCAUCUGGACGCAUCGCACACCGAGAUUGUCUCUGAUUUAUGCUCAACGCUUGAGAGUCUGAACCGCGCCGCUUGUCGUAAAGGCACCUUCCCAAAACGCUUCUGCAUCUGCGACACACGGUGUGAGCCUCUCUUGGGCGAGCAGCUAUUCAACGUGACGUCCAAGCCACCCAAGAACGCCGUUGGGCGGAUCUAUGGAAAUCAAGAGCAACCAUGGCCGUUCGAUCAUCUCAGAGGCGACGACAUCAUCCCGUGGCUUGCGCGUCGUCUCGGUGAACACUUCUGUCGUACAGCGUGGUGCUCGCCUCGUGCGAUCUUUCCACCCGUCGAGUCGGGUGACAAUGCUGCCAACCUCUCAGUGAUUCUCGACUCUUCCAACGAGUUCGACCCACGCAGCCCUUGCGCCGGUUGGAAAGAUCCUUGGAUUCGCCUGCUGCACUGUCAGCCUUCGGAGACCUCUGUGCCUCCCAGGGAGGCAAAAUGGUUCCUAUACCUGGACCGCGACAUCCGUUCCGAUCACUCUACGGAUCGAUUCCCUCCCAUCUCUUGGGCUUUGUCGACCAUCAUCGAAGAAGGCAUCACUUGCGGCACUAUUGCUAUGGUCUUUGCCUCCUUCGAAGCGUGCACAGUCGAGAUUUUCGCAAUGCCACGUGAUACAUCGAUCACAAGCAAGGGCACGACGUUGUCGGAUAUCAACGGCGUCACUGUCCUCUUCCUGUCUAGAACGUCCCUCAGCCUCGCAACCAGCCUCCUCAUCGCUCCUGAAACUAGAUCAAUCAUCUGUGGCAACCUCUCAACAAACCCCGAGGUUCUCGACAGCGAGUACGUUCGCCACGUGCUGUCUGAGUCUCUGACUGUGCUCUUCUCCAGCACUGGAAAGAAACGACUUUUCUCCAACCUUGAGGAGCUUUGCGGUUGCGCCUCACAGCUCCUUCAGCUCUGGCAAUGUCGACCUUCUUCUCGUCCAAGUGUCCAGAGUGAUUUGUUUGCCUCACUCCUAUUAGAACUGAGGUACACCUUGACUGCCCUCUCUGCAGGCGAACAACUUCAGGAACCACCGUUCGAAACACUGGUCUCCUACCGCUACAAAACCAGGACUGCUUCGCCUUGGGUUCAUCGUAUUGGUGUCCUCUACGGCUGCGCAGUGGGUUCAGUUGCGCUGAGGCACUUGAGCCAAUUCGAGCGAGAAUCUGAGGUUGUUAGCGGUACCCAGGCCCUCGCUCGCCCUUCGGCCCCACCUGGUGCAUCGUUGGCCAGAGCUCUUGCGGACAUUGCUGCAGGAGGUAUGGACUCAGCGUCAUCUGCUCAGCAAGUCUGCGAAGAAUCCUUCAAUCUUCUCCAGGGCCGCUUGAUGGCUACGGGCGCCUCCGACACCGAGCACCUGGCCGUCUUCCUCAACCAUAGUCGCGCCAGCCUUCAGUCCGUUCUUGACACUUAUGGCGAUGCUCUAGACCAUGAGCGCCUGAUCAGGCAGUUCAGCCAAUCAUUCUUCUUCACACUUCUGAGUGACGCCCUCAUCGGCGGCUCAGGAGAGAUUUCGGCCCUGCUUCGAAAGGGACAGAGGGCGGAGGACCUUACGCUACCCGCCAAUGUCACUCACGACGAGAAUUUGGGUCUGGCUGUACUCCAGGACGUGGCUGCAGUCAAGCAGAGUCAGCAUUGUGCUGUUCCACUGGCAACGCUCCUGGCAGCGGAAGAGCAACUUCGCUCGGACAAGAAGCUCUAUGUGCAGCGGCUGCUGGGAUUAGACGCUGAAGUCAAUCCCUCCCUGGACUUGAAGCAGAAGACCGAGUUCGUGGAUCUCAGUCCCGCGACGGCCACGCUCAAGACCAAGGACGAGACACCACCUGAAGCCGAAUCCGCUUCCGAGAGCCAGGUCGUGACACCGGCUAUCCCCCAUAACCAUUCAUCGCCGACGCCAACAUCCUCAUCUGGAUCGAUGGAUGGAAAGCGGCGUAGUGCGGCUCUCGUACUUUGUGCCGUGCUCCUUUGGCUCUGGUACUUGGUAAGCUUCGCAGAUAGCGAGGUCAACCUGGGUAAGCUGCCACUACAGGCUGCACGAGUCCGUCGGUCUGUCACUGGCCUGUCAGCCCUGUACGUGCCUGAGGGAAGUUUUGUUUGUAUCGUCCACUCCUCUCCGCACGGCUUCUUGCGUAUCCUCAACAUCGAUGGCCAGAUGGACCUCCCGAAACCCGCCUUUGUGCCAUCAGAACGAAGGAUCGAUUUCUCGCAGUAUUCCCGAACCCCACCCCCUCCCUCCUCCAACGUCCUCGCUCGGUGA